GGCCCCGCGCCCACGCUGUGCCGCCCGCAGGCGCUGCUCGAGCUGGAGAUGAACUCGGACCUCAAGGCCCAGCUACGCGAGCUCAACAUCACGGCGGCCAAGGAAAUUGAAGUUGGCGGUGGUCGGAAAGCUAUCAUUAUUUUCGUUCCAGUUCCUCAGCUGAAAUCUUUCCAGAAAAUCCAAGUCCGGUUAGUUCGUGAAUUGGAGAAAAAGUUCAGCGGGAAGCAUGUUGUCUUCAUUGCCCAGAGGAGAAUUCUGCCCAAGCCAACCAGAAAAAGCCGGACAAAAAAUAAGCAGAAGCGUCCCAGAAGCCGCACUCUGACUGCUGUGCACGACGCCAUCCUGGAGGACUUGGUCUUCCCCAGCGAGAUUGUAGGCAAGAGGAUCCGGGUGAAGCUGGACGGCAGCCGGCUCAUCAAGGUCCAUCUGGACCGAGCGCAGCAGAACAACGUGGAGCACAAGGUUGAAACGUUUUCUGGUGUGUAUAAGAAGCUCACGGGCAAGGAUGUUAAUUUUGAAUUCCCAGAGUUUCAGUUGUAAAGAAAGAUGACUAAAUAAAGUAUAAUUCAUAGUA